UGCUUACUUAAAAUCUAGAAGCGAAUUAACCAAAACACGAAAAAGCGAGAAUCUAACUACUGCAACAAAAUGCUUGGGCAGUAUUUGCUGGAUCAGUUGAACAUUUUGCAAGAAAGGGGAAUAUUCUGCGAUUUGGACCUAAUGGCCAGAGACAGAACAAAAGUGUCAUCAGUUCAUUAUCUUGUUUUCAUUGCUUUUAAUAAGCAACACUUCAAGUUGGCGCUACUUUCCGCCACAAGUGACUUAUUUUCAAAGAAGGUUAUGAUGUUUUCCUGUCUUGAUGUCGCUGAAGUGCAGGCUCUGGUGGAUUUCUUGUACGGCAGAAAAUUUGAGACAGAAGCUAGGUACAACUUAAUUUGUUCAGUCCUUAAGAAGCUGAGCUUAUUAGAACUCAUAGACAAGGCAAAUUUCAAAAACCCCUGUGAUCCUGUCAGUCACAUAGCAGUUAAGAUAGAGCCUAAUGAUGAUUCCAAUAACUUAACUGAUGUGCAACAGACUGAGGACCCUCAUUUAUCUCAGGAUGAUAAUAUACCACCAGUUAUUUCUAAGGAUGAAAUAACCGUGGAAGAAGACAAACCAAACUUGGAUUUAUUUCAGGAAAAUUGUCACCUUGAAGGGUGUGAUGAAGUUGAUCUGACUUCGAACAUUGACUUACAAAGAAAAACAAUUAAUUCUGGUCUUGAACAGAAUGAUGUAACAGAUAAAGACAUUGGGAACCUUGCAACAGAAGAAGUUGUGCAUGCAGCAAUAGAAAUGAGUCAAAGUUGUAACACUGACUUUGGAGACAAUCUGUGUGCUCAUGUGAAUACUUUGAAAGAAGUGACAGACAAUGAAACAAGUAAUACAAACACAACUGAUGAAGUUGCAAACAGCAAAUGUGAAAAUACAGGUACUGCAGGGAUAAUAAAAACUGAACUUCAAAUUAAAGAGGAGCUCUCAGAGUUGGAAAUGCUAGACAAUGAAACAAGUAAUGCAGACACAACUGAUAAAGCUGUAGACAUUAACAGUGAAAACAAUUUUUCUGCAGUGUUAUUAAAUACUGAAGUGCAUAUUAAAGAUGAGCUUUCAGAUGUUGAAUCAGAAAAUGUAUGCAAAGAAACUGAUCUGAAUAGAGAUGGUAAAACUCCAAACAGCAUUAAUGAGAUAUCAGACACUGGUGGUAAUCUGCCUCUUAUUGAACGUGUUAAACAGGAGGGGCUUGAUAAAGAAAAACAAGUGUUUGCAGAAUCAUAUGCAAAUGAAACGAAUCAUGAUGAUAGUACCAUUGACUUUAACCAACCAAUGGACAAUAUGCCUCAAGGAAAUGCCAGUGAUGAUCAACACCUGACAAUAACCCAAGAUAUGGAUGGGUUUUUGGUACAGAAAAAUGAACAGUGUUCAAGUCUCCCUGAGGUUUUUCUUGAGCAUGUAAAAAAUGAGAACAGUGAAAUCACAGAAAAUGAAACCCAAGAUAUGAACUGUGAAACAGUUUCAUGUGAGAAGAACGAUGAAACAAAUGAAAACAAUUAUGAAGAACACCAUGCAAAACUCAAUGAGACAGGAGUGAAGAAGAAAGACAAUGGAUGUGGUGAAUUAGAAGUAGAUCUACUAACAUCAUUAAAAGAUUUGCAAGAAUCAGUUGAGGUGAUUCUACAAGGAGCGGCAGUGGGUACUGAACAAAAUACAAAGCAGAGCGGAAAAAACAGUUCUGAUGAAAAACUUGGUGAAACAUCUGAUCAGAACCAGAUUUUUCAAAAUCUUUCAGAAUUGAAAGAGGAACUUAGUGUGGAAGACAAUGAAACUGAAAACAUAUCUGAUGUGAAAGAUAUUGCGAAAACAGAUAUGAACGAAUGUGGAAAACAGCCUGAACAACAUCUUGCCAAAACACUCUUAAGUCCAUGUAUUACAAAAACUAAAAAGAAUGCUCAAAGUCCUUUAGGUAGUUCAAGUCUUGCACAUGGUGAUGAUGAAACUGCUGAAGUGCCAGGUCCUGUUGUUGAAAUUAUAGGUUUGGAAUGUGAAGACAGAGAAACUGAUGAUCUCAAGGAAAAUGUGAAUGAUAGUACAUCAGAGUUAGAGAAACGUAGACAACAUCUUGAACAAGUGGAAGAUAUGAAUGAUAAUACAACAAAAGUAUUAGACGAAUGUACACAACAUCUUGAACAAGUGGAAUAUGUGAAUGAUAAUACAACACAAGUAUUGGACGAAUGUAGACAGCAUCUUGGACAAACAGAAGAUGUGAAUGAUAUUACAACACCAGUAUUAGAGAAAUGUAGAAACCUUCUUGAACAAAAUGUGUCUGAGGCAGCAUUAAAACCCUCUACUAGAAGAACUAAAAAGAAUGCAUUGACAGACUAUCCCAGAAAAAGAUCAUCACCUAGAAUUCUUAAACCAGGGCUUAAAAAUUACAAAACAGAAAGUUCUUCUCUCAGUGAUAAAGAAGUUGAAGUUCAGAAUGUUCAAGAUAGGUUUAAAGUAGUGAUCACUGACGCAUACAGUAAAAAGACUAGAAGCAAAACACCCAAUCUUGCAUCCAGGCUUCCAGUUGGCAGUAAAAGAAGCCCAGUUUCAUACUUUAAUCGUCUUUCAUGUUACCCAACAGACACGAAGGAAGAUGAAUGUGUGAAAAACGCAACCUUUUGUACAAACACAGUCAUAAAUGAGGAUAUUCCUAGAUCAGAAAGCUUAAUAAAAAUUAAGUCAAUGCCAAAAACUCCUCAACUGAAUGUAACUUUUUUGGAGGAUAUUCCAUGUACUGAAACGCAAGAAGAGAAACGUGUACAAAGAACCACUGAACUGUCAAAAUCUGAAAGAGUUGGUGAAGCAAUGUCAAGGAUAUCAGUUUUUGCUUUAGAAAAAACUGAAGCUGUUCUUGUUGGUGGCCUUGAGUCAAUUACUAACGAGCCAAUUCAUUCUAGAUGCUUUUCGCAGGAUAAAAAAUCAAAACCAGGACCAGUAAGAAUAUUAAGAAAUAAGGCUGAAAAGAUUCUGCAUGAAAGGCAUAACUCUGUGAGAGACAGUUGCACUGCAGCAUAUGGAACAAGUGUGGCACAAAAAGUAGCAUCUGGAAUGUCAUCUGCAAAUAAAAAUGAAGACAAUCCUUCUGAUGAUGAAGAUGAUGAUGUACCGCUCAGUGAUAUGAUACCACUCAGUGGUAUGAUUAAACGUCUGAGAAAAUCUUAUUCUGAGCCAAACAUGAAAUAUUCCAAAGAAAAAGACGUGAACUGUUUGAAUCCAAAUUCGGAAGUUAGGAAAUGUGUAGAUGUAGAAAAACACAAGAGCAAACACUUAGGUGAUAUAUCUAUACAGGAGAGCAGUGAAGAACAUCAUUUUAACCGAUUUGAAGGUGGUGCUAAUAAUGAACCCUCAGAUAUUGUGAUGGAAGAACUUAGAACUUUAUCACAUAUUGUGGAAGAGAGAAGAAAAGGUCGUUUAAAGCGGAAAUCAUCAAAUAUGGUGGAAGAAGGAAGAAAAGUUGGAUUAAAACAAAAAUCAAGCCACAGAGUUGAAGCCAGUAAAAGCAAAAUUGUAUUAGCACAAACAAAAGACAAAACUGUUAGACAAUCUCGUAUUUUGACAACCGGAAAACCAAAGGCUUCGUUGACAAGUACACAGACUUUAAAACCAGCUUGGCUGACUGGCAUACAAACUUCAUUAUCAGCUUUGUUGACCAGUACACCAACUUCAUUACCAGCUUCGUUGACCAGUACAUCAACUUCAUUAUCGGCUUCGUUGACUGGUAAACCAUUUUUAUUACCGGCUUUGAUGACUAGUACACCAACUCCAUUAGUGUCUUCAUUGUCUAAAACAUGGACGUUGAAACCGGCUUGGUUGACUAAUAAACCAACUUCAUUACCGGCUUUUUCAACUAGAACACCAACAUUAUUACCACCUUCGUUGACUAGUACACCAACUUCAUUACAAGCUUUGUUGCCUGGUACAGCAACUUCACUUCCAGCUCGGAUGACUUGUACAACAACUUCACUUCCAGCUUUGAUGACUAGUACACUAACUUCACUUCCAGCUUCGUUGACUGGUACACCAACUUCAUUACAAGCUUUGUUGCCUUGUACACCAUCUUCACUACCAUCUUCAUUGGCUGGUACACCAACUUCAUUGACUGGUACUCCAACUUCAUUGCCAUCUUCAUUGACUGAAACACCAACUUCAUUUCCACCUUUAUUGACUGGUGCACGUCAAUCUUUGUCACAGGCUUUGUUGUUGAGUACACCAACUUCAUUACCGGCUUCAUUGGCAAGUACAUUAACUACAUUACCGACUUCAUUGACAGGCACACCAACUACUUCAUCGGCUUCAUUGACCAGUACACCAGCUUCAUUACCAGCCUCGCUGACAAGCACACCGACUAUUUUACUGGCUUCAUUGACCAGUACACCAACUUCAUUAUCAGCUUCAUUGACUACUCUACCAACUUCAAUACCAACCUCCUUGACUAGUACCCCAACUCCAUUACCAACCUCCUUGACCUGUACACCAACUUCAAUAUCGGCUUCGUUGACUAGCACACCAACUUUAUUACCAGCUUCACUGACUGGUACACUAACAUCAUUAUCAGCUUCGUUGACUAAUACUCCAGCUUCAUUACCGACCUCCUUGACUAGUACACCAACUUCAUUAUUGGCUGCAUUGACGAGUACACCAACUUCAUUGACUAGUACACGAGUUUCACCUCAUGUGAUUCCACUCUCACUCUCACUCAGAGGUUAUUCCACUCCUGAUCAUGCCAGGUUUAAUGAAAGUCAGGGCUGUGUAAAAGAACUAACAUCACCUCAUGUGAUUCCACUGUCACUCUCACUAAGAGGAUUUUCAACUCCAGAUCACGCCAGUUAUGAUGAAAGCCAGGGCCAUGUAAAAGAAAUAUCAAGAAAACGAGCUAGACACAUGACCUUGAUGGGUUUCUUGAAGAAAAGCAGAGAAAUUGACUCUCGGAAAGAGAGACUCAAAACAGACACUAGUACAGCAUUGAAGUAUCCAGCCAUUUUAGAUAUGCUAAAGAUUGGGGAAAAUCAGGAGAGCCAAACAGCACAAUUGACAAGAGUUGAUACUGCUCUAGGAGUACCAUCUAAACCAUCGAGCCCAGUAAAAGUUUCUCAGUUAAGGUUUACACCAGUUCACUCAAGAACUAGAAGCUUAACAAGAACAAUAACAGCAUCAAGCCAAGCAGUGGAAUUAACAUCUGCACUGUCUUCAACAACGACAGCAUCAAACCAAACACAACUGAAACUGGCAAAAUCAAUAAGUGUUUCUUCAAAAACAUUAGCAAUAAACCAAACGGGUAUAUCCAAACUUGUAUUAACACCGUUACCUGGCAGAAAUGUAAUAACAACAACCUCUUCUAACCAAGCUGGAGUAUCCAAACUGGUAUUAUCACCAUUACAGGCAACAACAAGAAGCAAGGCAGUAGUAUCCAAACUGGUAUUAACACCUGCACAACGGAACAGCAAAAUUGCAUCCUCAACAGCACCAUCAUCAAGCCAAGAAGAAGUGUCCGAACUGGUUCUUACACCUUCACAGGUAACACAGAUGCUUGGAACAUCAGCUUCGAGUGAAGGGAUCAUCUCACCAGCUGUUCCGAGUACUGUUGAGUUUGGGAAGGGAUCAAGUGCAUCAAAUUCACAAAGUGCAGGUAUAAUUUCACCGGUUGUUCUGAGUACUGUUCAGUGUGCGAGCGAAUCGACUACAUCCAAUUCUUCAAGUGCCAGUGUCACCCCAACAUCUUUUUCUACUGAUGUUGAGAUUACAAAGAAGCCCCCUGUUCUGGUUAUUUGUCACCAACCAAUGAUGAAAGAUGGGAAACUCAAACUCCCACAUCCAGCGGACAAAAAAGAAACAAAAAAGUCCAAGAAAAGAAAACUGACCGAGUCAACAGCGUCUGAAGUUGCGAACAACAAAAGCGAGUUGCUUAAUGAUGGACAUGGUUUGGGUUUUCGGAAAAUUUUGCCAAAACCUAAAUUUUGUUUGGUUGAUUUUAAUGCAAAGAACUAAUUAAAAUUUGAAAAUGUUACUUCUUGCAAGAACCUGACACAAACACUUUGUAAUACAUGUACAUGUGAUGUAAAUUUAAGUUUGUAUAAAUGCUUUUUGGAGUGGCCCCAGUUCAGUCACAGUUAUGUUACAUAAUGCUUGAAUCUGCUUCAAGUGAGAGAAUCACCAGUUUAGUUGGACUAAGUCAGUGAUGCUUCAGAAAUGUUGUUAAAUUUAUUAUGAUUAUGUUCUUGUGUUAACAAUUUGUAACGCAUUUAUACUGGAUAAAGUUGAA